GCUUGCAAGCAGUCAUCAACGUCCCCUCUUCUAUAAACAAAGAAAUAUAAAGCUUCACUUCCAUCAUUGACUCUAUACAUUUGAUCAAUAUCACAAAAGUACUUACAACAUCUUCACAGUUUGAACAACAAUUGUGCGAAGCUUCAAAAAUGAAUGAAUCAAUCCCACCUAACGUUCACAUCUCCACCCAUCCGUGUCUCCAAGCCAAACUCUCACAAUUACGAUCCAGCGAAGCUAAUACUCGCGAAACGAAAGCUCUUGUUAAUGAAAUCUCAUUGAUAAUAGGAUGUGAAGCUACCGCCGCUGGACUUACUGUGUCUAAAGGUCCAACUGCCAAAACACCCCUCGGAUACACCGAUACAACAACUACCAUAACACCCGCCUCCAUUUCCCUAAUCCCCAUUCUCCGUUCCGGUCUUUCUAUGGUCGAAGCUCUCCAAACCCUCCUCCCCUCCCCAACCCCAAUCCAUCAUCUUGGACUCUUCCGUGAACCCACCACUCUUGAGCCCGUCGAAUAUUACAACAAUCUUCCCUACCACGCACCCGCCGCAUCAUCUCCCUCCAACACCCCCAACACCUCCGCUUCUGAGCUCGCAAUUCUGCUCGAUCCCGUUAUUGCUACAGGAGGAACUUGUGCUGCUGCCAUUCGUACAUUGAGGGAAUGGGGUGUUAAGAGAAUCAUCGUAUUGAGCGUGUUGGCUGCAUUACCGGGCUUGCAAAAUGCAGCUAGAGAGUGGCCUGAGGGAACGGAGAUUUGGUGUGCGGGUGUGGAUGAGGAGGUCAACGAGAAGGGCAUGAUCAAACCAGGUUUGGGAGAUGUGGGUGAUAGACUAUUUUUGACCAUUGGAAAGUAAGGUGCUUAAAAUGGGUAAUUGAGUUGCUUGGUCAAGAUUUGCUGGCGUUACAUAGCGAUGAGAUUCCCUCAGGUUGAAUGAGAUACCACCCGCUUCGCCUUCUA